AGAUAAGAGAAGAAAAUCACAUGACAGAUAUCCAUAUGUUUAGUUGUGUGGUAAAAUUUAAUUUAAUAUUUACUAAUGAAUUGUGCCUAUAAAUCUAAAUUUCGCUAAAUGAAAUGGCACAAUUUGCCAAAGUAUGUUUCCUCCUAAUCGUGAUAAUAUCGUGUUUCUCGAGAGGGACUGCUCAAGACAACAACACUACAAAAAUAGUUUCAAAUCAAACAAGCCCUGUUGUAUCUAAGGCAUUGGUGUCUAAGGAAACAACAGAGGAAAAAACGAAGGUAACUACACAACCCCCUCCUAAUAGUCAUAAGAGCAGGGAGCAUGUGACAAGUGCUACAGAGAAAACAUUAGAUGUAACCUCAAAUAAAACAUCAAAAAAUGUAACAAGUGUGAACACAACAACUUCAGAAGUACUUGUAUCUAAAAAUGUUUCUCAGCCCCUAAACAUUACUGUGAACAACGCCCCAAAAGUUGUGAACACCACCUCAAAAUUCGUAAACUCUUCCACACAAUUAACUACUAAUCAUACUUCCAGUACUACCAAGGCAACUACAACAUCUACUACUAUUAAGCCAAAAAAACCUUUAUUUACUGAACACGACGAAGUGGUGGUAGCUCCAGCAAAACCGAACUUAGAUAUUCCUAUUUUAGCUCAUAUUGAUACGACUAUGGAAAAGAAGGUGAGACGGGCAGACUAUGUAGUGCCAAUUGUAGCUGUUAUUCUGUCUGUUCCACUUGUGGCUGUUAUUCUUUCUAUUUUUUAUAAAAAAGGUAAGGAUUGGUGGCAACACCGCAACUACAGGAGAAUGGACUAUUUAAUUGAAGGAAUGUACAACAGCUGAAAAAUACUCAUAUAAUAUUACGCUAGUAUUUUAGCUUAGUCUUUGUAUAUAAAUGUUGACAGAUUAUUAUGUAAUGUGCCUUUUUUAUAUGCAAUACUUUUGUGAUAUUCUUGAUAAUACAUUGUUAUAUUUUUAUAUAUUAUUCUAUUAAAAAUAAAGUAUUAUCUUUGAAAGCAAAA